AUGCCCAGAAUAAAGCACACACCCGUAAAUAGACCUCGUAAAACCCAUCAGUGUGUGCACUGUGGGACGCUUUUUGCCACAAGUUCUCAACUUUGUCGCCAUACGCGGACCGUGCACGAAGGACGGCGCGACUAUCGGUGCGAACGCUGCGGUGCGGCUUUUACAACGAAACAGAGUUGUGCGACGCACGUUCACACGGUGCACGAAGGUGCGCGGGACUUUCUAUGUUCGCUGUGUGGUUCGCGUUUCACGCAAAAAGGGGCGCUCACCGUUCAUAUUCGGACCGUGCACGAGGGUCAUCGCGAUCAUCGUUGUGAUAUAUGCGGGAACACGUUCACUGCGAACUCCAGUUUGAAACAGCAUAUUCGUGUUGUUCACGAGAACGCUCUCGACUGGGUAUGCGGUAAGUGCGGCGCCAGGUUCACGAGCCGCAACGGUCUGAAAUACCAUCUGCGAACGGCGCACAGUGCACAUGGCGGGCGAGACUUUCCCUGUCCGCGCGAGGGCUGCGACCGCGUAUUCACAAGCAAGGGCGGUCUUUUGAAGCAUCUGAAAGCCCAGCACGAUCGCGUGAAGGACCAAAUCUGUGACCUCUGUGGAGCGGCUUUCGCGCAUCGCACUCAGCUGAACCAGCAUAGAAAGCGCGUGCACGAACAAUCCCAGAGCCGGUCGAGUACCGCCCCAGGCUAG